UUGGCUGACAUUGCCGAACAUGGUAAGAGAUUUCGCAAUCCGCUGCUCUCCAUGUUCCAAACAAAAACAGUCAGAGCUCGGAGCGACGGAAUAAACGCAAACUUUACCCCGCGACCAUCAGCGUUUCCUCGGAUGGUGUUCUCGACCGAAGCCCAGUGAAGGCUCGCCGCAGCUGGACCGCCAAGCUCCGCCCCCAGACAGGUCUCUCCACCUGAGGAGAUCCACUCAGCAGCUGCCGUAGGAUCCAAAUGAGCCGGCCGUCACAGCCGAAACACACCACAGCUGACCACAACGGCGUGAGCGUCAUCCAGAGCCAGAGCCACGCCUCCUCCGCCCUGCCGGCCGCCGUCGCCGGACUGCAGCAGGUCCCACAGCUCAUCCCGGCCCACCCAACCAGCGCGGGCGGCAAGGCCCUCCCCCCGAGCAAGAUGAAGAAGCCCCCAGCAGACAAAGACAGCGAGGAGUACCGGCAGCGGCGCGAGCGCAACAACCUGGCGGUGAAGAAGAGCCGCAUGCGCAGCAAGCAGAAGGCGCUGGACACGCAGCAGCGCGUCAACGAGCUGAAGGAGGAGAACGAGCGGCUGGAGGCCAAGAUCAAGCUGCUCAGCAAGGAGCUGAGCGUGCUCAAAGACCUCUUCCUGGAGCACGCCCACAACCUGGCCGACAACGUGCAGCCGCCCGCCGGCGCCGGUGGCUCCAGCCCCGCCCCCAACAGCACUUCUGCCAACGGCCAAUGAGAGGCGGAGCUUCAGGGACUUCAGGAAAAAGCCUCGUCUACCACCCCACCCUCCCCCUCACCUGGGACUUUUGUCAGACUAGCCAGGUGAGACCGAAGACUGAGGCGCCACUCACAGGAAGUCUUGUUUUUAUGAUAUCCCUUCAAAAUAAGAGUCUCUGCAGAACUUCACUACAUGUUUACGAUUAAAGGACUCCUCCGCUCCUCUGGAGAGCAGACGGGCGGAACCAGACUCCUCAGCUUUGUUAAAUCCUCCUUUAGCCCGGCCCGGCUCGUUAGCGGUCUGCUGACGCGGCCUGAGCAAAGGGGGCGGGGCUCGGCGGGCCGCUCGCACACUGUAAUCAGCGGAGCUUUCAGGGGCGUGGAGUGUUUGCCGGGAUCACCCCUCUCCACAGGUGUGGUUCUGUCUGAGCUCGGGCACGUCUGAACAGCACACCUCAGUGGACGGGCCCGGAUCGCCGGAACCAGGCCCGGUUUCAGGCCCGCUGAGCCUUUUUCACUUUUUUAUCCCUCUUUUUUACUCUUCAUUCCAGCAGCAGCAUGGUCUGAACAGGAAGUGUUUGCAUGCUUUGUGGGGGGGUUGGAUUCGGGUCCUCUCGGUUCUGCUCGUCGUCUCGUGUCGGUCCGAAUGUUGCCGAGCAGCGAUUUGUCACUCAGCUUUUUUUCUAUCAGCACAUACAUGUGGUAAAUUAAACGUGCGUGUAAAAGUCAAA